AUGGAAUACUUGUUCAGGGAUCAAAGUGAAUCCUCUGGCUUUGUUCUUGCAGUAUUGCGCUUUCUCACCUUCAAUGAGCUGGGACUUACCCACACCUGUCGCUCUUCACAUAACCAUUGGGGGACACCAGUUUCGCGCGAUGACGCUGCUGAAACGCAUGAGGAAGAAAGACUGUUGCUACUAGAACUGGACAUUCUCGUCUCAGAGUUCCAGCAAAAGUACCUAGAGCUGCGUAUCCCAUUGCCUGAUUUCCUUCACGGCUACUGGACAGAUAGGAUGAAAAAAUUCCUGUCCAGAAGGGAAAGAGCCGAUGCACAAAUCGUUCAAGAAGCAAGGCAAGUAGGCGUGUGGCUUGAUUGGGAACCUGUUGAUCGUGUUGAGCUAGUUAUAGAGAAGCCUUGUCGACAUGCACCCACUGUUUAG